AUGGGUUGGGGUGAUUUGGGAGCUUUCGGAGAGCCUUCUAAGGAAACUCCUAACUUAGACCAGAUGGCUUCAGAAGGGAUGCUUUUCCUGGAUUUUUAUACUGCCAACCCCCUCUGUUCUCCAUCAAGGGCAGCACUGUUGACGGGCCGUCUCCCAGUGAGGAAUGGUUUUUACACCACGAAUGCACAUGCCAGAAACGCAUACACGCCACAGGAUAUAGUAGGAGGAAUCCCAGAUUCUGAAUUACUGCUUCCAGAGUUGCUGAAGAAAGCUGGCUACAUCAAUAAGAUCAUUGGCAAAUGGCAUCUGGGUCACAGGCCCCAGUUCCACCCCCUGAAGCAUGGGUUUGAUGAAUGGUUUGGAUCCCCGAACUGCCAUUUUGGACCUUUUGAUAACAGAGCGCUCCCCAAUAUCCCUGUGUAUAGGGACUGGGAAAUGAUUGGCAGGUAUUAUGAAGAUUUCAAAAUUGAUCUGAAGACGGGUGAAGCCAACUUGACUCAGAUCUACCUGCAGGAAGCUCUCGAUUUUAUUAGCAAGCAGCAGGCCAGCCAGCAGCCAUUCUUUUUAUACUGGGCAAUUGAUGCUACCCAUGCUCCUGUUUAUGCCUCCAAACAUUUCCUGGGCACUAGUCAGAGGGGACUAUACGGGGAUGCUGUGCGAGAAAUUGAUGAUAGCGUUGGAAAAAUCCUAAAACAUCUUCAGAAGCUGGGUAUCAGUGAGAACACUUUUGUGUUUUUCACCUCUGAUAAUGGGGCUGCUCUCAUUUCAGCUCCUAAAGAAGGAGGAAGCAAUGGUCGUUUCCUGUGUGGCAAACAAACCACCUUUGAAGGUGGCAUGAGAGAGCCAGCUAUUGCUUGGUGGCCCGGACAUAUACCUGCAGGAGGGGUCAGUCAUCAGCUGGGCAACGUGAUGGAUCUCUUCACCACCAGCCUCUCUCUGGCGGGACUGCAGCCUCCCAGUGACAGACAGAUUGACGGCAUCGACCUUUUACCUGCCAUCUUGCAGGGCAAGCUAAUUGACAGGCCCAUAUUCUAUUAUCGUGGCAACGAGAUGAUGGCGGUGAGAGUUGGGCUUUACAAGGCUCACUACUGGACCUGGAGCAACUCCUGGGAGGAGUACAGCAAGGGCAUUGAUUUCUGUCCUGGGCAGAAUGUCUCUGGAGUGACAACACAUACACAGGAGGAGCACACUACCCUGCCGCUGCUUUUCCACCUGGGGAGGGACCCUGGAGAGAAGUACCCAUUAAGUUUUGCCAGCGAUGAAUACCAAAGGGCUAUGGAGCGAAUAUCUGUCAUUGUCCAGCAGCACAAAGUGACCAUGGUGCCAGGGGAGCCACAGCUUAACGUGUGCGACAAGGCUGUCAUGAAUUGGUCUCCUCCAGGCUGUGAGAAGCUAGGGAAGUGCCUGAAACCUCCCAAGUCUGAUCCUAAGAAGUGCUUUUGGCCUCAUUGAUCUUCUCUGCAGCCCUCAAAAACCACACAGAAAAGCUGUAACCAACCGGACAUAUGGUUUACAAAGCAUGUCUUCUCACGUUGGCACUCCUGUUUACACAGGAAGGGUGCGAUGUAUGGAUGAUAUCAUCAUUUGCUCUUCCAAAAGGGCCAGUGUUUAUAUUGCUAGUACUCAGGGUUUAGCCUGUACUCUUCUGUUGUUUUAGUUGUUUCCGUAAAUGGUAACUUUUCAGUGAAGACUGUUUCAAUUGUAAAAGCGCUGUGGACAACCACAACUCUGCCAUCACCUCAGAAAUGCCAUGGAUGCACCAUUCCUCUUGCUCCUUCCACCCAGCCUGCUCUCUCAAAUCAUUGCUCAUUCAAAUGCCCCAACAGCGGCCAUGGAGGACUGUUUGGGAAACUCACAGCCGCCAGAAAACCCUGCCCAAACUGCCCUUGUUUUGCUUGCCUGUAAAUUGUUGUUUUAACAUUUGAUUUCCAUUGUGAACUCUGGACGCCAGCUUGUUUUUCCUUUCUUCCUGAACUUGUGAGUGCUGGGUGCAGCCGUACUGCUGCCGUGUAUCGCUGGGUGCAAGCGAGUGCUCCCUCCUGUUCCCGACUAAGGGAUUGGCUCCAGGGAGAACGCCCUGCCUUCCUUCCAUCUGUAGCUGCAAACAUUCCCUAGGUAAUGGUAUAAAGAAAUGUGAAGAUAGUGUUCGUGUAAGUAUUGCCUUAUUGAUGGUGUGCAGGGUGUUCUUGGGGAGCUGGGGGUCGUUGUUCAUGUCAGGGGUUUUCUUAAUUUCCAAAAAUCUGGGUCCAAAUAUGGUUUAAGUCACGCUUCUAGUCUCAUGAUCUGGGCCCAGCCAACUGCAGGCUCAGAAAUGCCCGUUUACAUCAGAUGUUAACUCUUGACCCUGUUUCCAGUGUACGCUCUCUGAGGAAUUCUCCUUGUGCAAACUUUCCACAGCCUGGGUGUAGCACUUCUUUAAACAGAGUUCAUGGUAAAUGCCGAUCCUUUGCCCAAUUUCACAUUGCAAAUUUCUCAUCUGCUUUUGAGCCUGUUUCACAUCCUUCGCUCUUGCUAAUAAACAUGUCUCAAACAAAACCAAGCAAGGUUACUCUGGGGCUUCAGGGGAGUAGCUAGAAGCAACCCCGAACAUGCCGUUUGCACUACUGACAGCUCCACUUCCACCACUCCGGCGUUUUAUGCGGUACACAUGCCCUCUCCGCAUGGCGUUGUGCUGCCUUGGGAAAAAUCGAGGUGCUCUGUACCAGUAAACAGCUCUACUUCCUUCCCAAGCAAAGCUUGGGGCUGGCUUGAGAUGGGUUGGGAGCUCUGCUUCUCUGGUAACUGCUGUGCUGCUGCCUGCUGCAGGCUUCUCAACUGCUCGUUCUUAUCCUCCCUGUAAUCCCAAAUGCUCUCAUUCUCUCCGUUCCCAUGGUUUAUGCUACCUGUAAUCCCCUCCACAGUAAUUCCUAGUGUAUAUCUCGUGAAGCUGGAUAAUCCUAUAAGAUUGUAAUAAGAACAGCACUUGAGUCAGCUCUUACUGUUCCACCUCUCAGAAAUCACAGCCAACAUUUCACCAGCUGGCAGAGCCUCUGAAACUCACUGUUUGCGCAUCUGCAAAUGGCGUUUGUUUAUAGUCCAAAUGUCUUAGAUGCCUUAUGAUGUUCCUAAUUGUCCUUCCAGUAUAUCGAGGCAUUUCCAGUUCAUCCAUAACAUUUCUCCUUGUUUUGACAUGGUGUGGGUAGCUCAAGUCUUGAGAGAUUCUGAUCAGCCUGUUCUUCAGUGAUGCUGUAUGAGAAGGACUGGUAGGAGGACUUGAGGCAGUCAUGUGCGUCUGUCAGCACGGGAGACCGGACAAAACCAAUAAUGUCCCAUUUUCUGGGUGCUGUCCACCUCUGCUUUAGUGCUUCUGUCACCCAGAAGCGUUCAGAGCCCUGCAGUUCACUGUUAUCAGCAGAUAAAGAUACCACCAGAGGAGGGAGUCUGUCACUGCAACUCCCUGAAAAUCGCUGUCAGCCCUCAUAUAUUUAUGAACAUGUCUGCUGCGAAUUGUAACAGCGCUUUGUCUUUCUACGUGCUGCUUAUUACGAGAUCACAUCGCAGGAUCGCAGCUCGUCAUCUGAGCACUAGCCCAGACACGUUUCUCAGUUCUUAGCAUUUGCGGUAUGCACAUCGUGAGCGAAGUGAUGCCUGCUACCCCGCGUCCCCUGCCUGCCUGGCUGCCACUUCGUUCUUUGCUCUUUCACAGCUUGCAGUUUUGAAGAUACUGCUUUUCCCCUGUUUGUGUAACUUGCUUGGACAAGCCAUCCAAUCCUCAGCACACACGGUGUUUGUCUGGUUACCCAGCACACAAAGUCCUCGUUCCUCAUUGAAAUAAUCUCUCAGUGCAUAGAUACUGGAUGUAAACUUUGCACUAGAAAGCUGGCUGCUAUAAGUGAAUUGACUUGAUAUCUGUUUAUUAUCUGCUUCAUGUCCAUUUAUUAUAAAAGAUCAAAACUUAAUGUGAAGAAGCUACUGCUUUCAAUUUAAAUAAGAAUAGUAGUUUUACAGCUGGAUAGCUAGGAAGAAUUUUAAAUCAAUGCCUUUCCCAAAGACGUACAGAUUUUAAA